GUUGGGUUUUUGCCGAUAUAGCAAGCCUUUAUUUGCUCUUGAAAUCAAGAUUAAUAAGCGACUUAUAUUUUUUGUGAUUAAUUAUUGAUAUUUAUUUCAGGCCGUUUGCCUUUAAAAUGGAACUUGAAAGGAAUUUUGAAGAGUUUUCAGCUUGCAGGACCCAAGAGAAGAGGGAAGUAAAUUAUGCCUGCCGUACACGAAAAAAAUAUCAACACGGUGAAGAAAAAAUAUUUUUUGAGUGUAACAGAAGUGAUUACAAAGGAUUUGCCAGCUCAGCUAAAAAACGAAGUGUGAAAACUGGAGGUAGAAUUCAUAUUCAUGGGACACGUCAUUCAAGAAUUGUAGUUAACAUUUCAACUGACGGAUUUGUGACGGUAAAGUUUGUCGAAAAACAUUUAGGACACACUGAUAAACUAAGGACCAAGACCAAGACUAUCGUCGAAAAACUAAGUGAAGAUGAUGUUACCCAUUUUAUUCAAGAAACGAAGCCACAUCUCCAUGUAGACACCAUUGCAUUUAAAGAUAGGCGACAAUUAUUACGCGUUUAGUUUAAUUUUCGAUUUUCGUUACAGGUCAUUUUGCAAGAAAUGAAUAGCUUUGCUCGCAACUUGGACGAAGGAUGUUUUGGGACAUUUGUAGAUAUUUUUAGGACAUUUAAGAGGGACACAGAACAACGAAAUUCCGACGAAAAUUCGAAAAAAAGAAAAAUUGAGAA